UGCCAACUAUGACUCAUUUGUUCCCAUUGGAAACAACAGCCUGUGGUCUAUAUUGGUUUAGUAAUAAAAAAUCUUUGCUAAAGUCUUCACAAAACAAUAGCACAAAAACAAACCCAUGGAUCUGAUAGUGGGACAAUAUACAUGGGAACGCUCCUUUCUAGAGAGAAAAUAUAUUUAUUUGAACAAAAACUUUGCAUUUUCUCACGUUUACUGUAAAUAAGGUUAAAAAAUAUAAUUGGCUAUUUUAAUAAAAUUGUGUAAAUUAUUUACAGGAAAUCUAGACUGAAUCGAUUUAUCCAAACCACCACCACACAAAGCACCGUGUGCCGAGUCCAUAGAGGAAGAAGCCAUGUUCUGAUCAAUCUUGUACAUUAUAUUCGAAAUAAUAAUCGAAUGCACAUGUAUAUGAGUGUUGGUUGAAGAUGGCUGCCGCCAACAUGUUGAAAGACGGUUUUCAAAUCCAGUUCGCCUCUGUUAUGGAGAGUGUAUUGAAGACUGCAGUCACUGAGACAACGAAACUUUACGAAACAACUAUUGAGGAACUGCGAGCCGAAAUAUGCAGAAUAAAAGAAGAUAACGAGUACCUCAAAUCAAGGAUUCGAUCCCCUGAAAAUGCGAAGAAAUCGACGGGUGAAAGUGAAAGCCAAACCGCAGAGCCCAGACCGAGCCAAAGAACAACACGUAUCGGCAAAUGUGACAUUGGCGUUCAAUGCGUUCUGACAGCGCAUGCUUUGCCUCAGGCUGGGGAGCAGCACCAGCGCGAGGAGAACCAGGGGAUGGAGCUGCAUCGUGGGGCCUACGACGAGGAGGGCAACCCACAGAUGGCCUUUGUACUGAUCAAACAGGAGGUGGAUUGGGAGGCAGACUAUUCUGAUGACUACUCCCCUGGGUACAUACUGCUGAAGCAGGAGGGGGGAGAGCCCCCGACACUGGUCCGUAGACAACCUCUCAGAGAGUUACCAGGAAGAGCCCUGGUCCCUCCUGGAGCCGUCAGGGCCCUGGUCAACCGUUACACCCAGGAAAGGCCUCCCACCACCCAGCCUACCUCAGGAGCCGCAGUGGCCCUCCUCCAGGGAGAUCCAGACACCCAGGAGGCCGCCCAGGCUCUCAGCCCAUCCCAGCCCAGGACCAGAAGGGUUACCAGGGGCAGUGCAGGCCAGGACCAGGCCCCUGGAACAGAACAGCAGUCACUGGUAAAACCAGUGGCAGAGUCUCCAUCAACAUUACACCUGACAGCAUCUUCUCAAUCACCAGCCACUAUCCAGUCUACAUCAACUGUCCUGUCGACUGUAAUGGUCCAGUCCACGGUAACUACUCUGUCAAAAGAAACUGUCCAAACGACCACAGCGGUCCAGUCUACCGUAACGGCGACAGCAGCAGCGUCAGAGCGCCCGCCACCUGUCCUCUCCGGGUUACCCAGUACCCCUCUUCAGGAUACACAGCCCAGCCUCGUACCCCCUCGUCCACCCCGACCUCCUCGAGCACCACCAUCACAGUCUCACACAGACGUACUACCUGUAGCUCGUCCAAUAGUAGUGCCCUCAACACAACCAGCUAGGCCUACAGCCGUACCCGAUGGACCACCGGCCGCACCACCAACACAACCGCAACCGCCUACAGUUUUGGAGAAGUCGGGUGUUGCCACGGCAACUCUGCCAACACCGGUCCAGUCCGCUCCGUUGCUGACUUUGUCUGAAGAACUUGCCGGCCCCCCUGAGAAGCAGGUGUCGUUGGUCACUGAGCAUGUGCAACGCUCCUCCACCGUGCCACCUCCGAAGUCACCUGCUGUCCCAGAGACAUCUGAUGAAGCCUCUGUACAGCCGUCAGCCCCUGCUGUAACCACACCCUCACCCUCUGGCCCCUGUCAAAUGUCUAAGACACAGUUUAUAGCUCAGUUGUCAGUAGUACCCCUAGUACGCACCCCGCCGAGGGUGGAGGAAGACGAGGAGGGGGAGGGGCCUUCCCCCCUCCCUGCCAUGUCUACGGAAGCUGUGAUGACCAGGUCUGUCGCUACGGAGACGACCCCCGCCGGCGAGAAAAAGGAGGAGAUUGUUGUCCAGGUAGGCGGCGGCCGAAAGUCAAGUCCUCGUGAAGCGAUCCUCUCUGGUCUCCGCCUUUGCUUAAGGUCCCGCCCCCAGGACAGUACCCCAUCUCCCGUGGUUGCUAAGAAACUCAGAGGAGAUAGAACCGCCCCUCUAGACCACGACUACUCAAAGGUGAUGCAGAACGGAGGAGAAAAGUCCAGUGAAUCACACGUUGACCAGGAUGUAGUAGAGGACACCACUAACGGUGUGACGGCUGACGACAAGUCUACUGGACAAGGAAGUAGUGACCAAAUCAUCAUUGAGGAAGAGGGAGGAGCUAACACUGAUGUGACCUCCCCGACUAGACAGUCACCUAUUGGUGGAGGUGUUGGAGGAGGCUUGUCCAAAUCCAAGAAGAGAAACAUGACCUGGGUGCAGGCUCAGAGAGGUUUGGCGCUAGCCCAGGCUAAGAGGAGUAGGUCAAAGGUCACCAAGGCCUCACAACGUGGUCUUAAGUCAGAGCUUAGAGGUCUAGUCACACAGACACCAUUUCUGCCUUCCACCCCACAGCGCCGCCGGUCGUACAGCCCUAGCCCUCACACUGCCUCCACCUCCAGCCCACGCUGCACCAGCCCUCACGGUGCCCCCAGCCCACGCCGCACCAGCCCACGCCAGGCUACGGGGGCGAACGUGAACCCUUCUCCUGCCACCUCCCCUCACCCACAGCCUCACCCGUUCAAGGACACUUCCACCACCCCUCGCCGUGGAAGACCUCGUUUGGUGGCUGCGGCAACAUUACAUUUGAAACGGUCUCCCUCCACCCCUCAACCUGUCCCGUUCACUGGCAGCAUUCGCUCUGGCUUCAAAAAGUCCCCUCAGAGCCCACUGAUGUUCCAGCAGGCGCGGUGGUACCGCCAAUCACAACCGAUGUGGUCGCCACCGUACCAGCUCCAACAGUCUCCACGGAAACGCCUGGCCAAGAACCAGUGCGCAGACUGCGGUCGUGUCCUGAGCAGCGCAGCUGCUUUAGAGAGCCAUGCAUCCCUCCACACGGGGAAGCGCCCGUUCGUCUGCUCCGCCUGCGGCAAGGACUUCCCCAACCUCAAGGGCCUCAACCGCCACGCCCGCGUCCACGGCAACCAGCGGGGCCACCAGUGUCCGCAGUGCAGCAAGACCUUCGUCUACCGCUUUGGCCUGACCAAGCACAAGCAGAUGGUCCACAGCGGCGUGCGCCCGUUCGCCUGCCCGAUCUGUGGCAAACGCUUUGCCAUUCGGCGCGACAUGGAGACGCAUCUCCGCGUUCACACUGGAGAGAAACCCUUUGCCUGCUCCCUCUGUGUGAAGCGGUUCAAGAGGCGUGUGGAGCUGAAUGUUCACCUGAGGUGGCACAACGGGGAGAAGAGACACUGGUGCUCAUACUGCGGGAAGGGAUUUCUGGAUUACAAUAAUCUGAAGAGGCACAAACUGGUCCACACCGGGGAGAAACCCUACACCUGCUCCGAGUGUGGCAAGCACUUCAAACAGACUGGCCAUCUGAAGAAACACUUGAAGACCAUACACAAAGACAUAUAAAGAGGGCAGUGGAGGGGACGAGUCUUAAAUGGCACCCUAUUCGCUAUAUAGUGCACUAUGCUGGCUCUGGUCCAAAGCAGUGCAUUAAAUGUGAAUAGGGUGUCAUAGUUGGGAAUAGUGCACUCUUUCUCCAUUUGUGAAUUCAAAACCCAGCCAUAUAGGUUUUGAUGGGAUAUUGUGUGUAGUUGGGUGAGGAAAAAAAUACAUUUAAUCCUUUUUUAAUUUGGGCUUGAAUUCUGAAAGUGAUUUGGAAGGACUUGUUCUUUUAUGUUUUUAUGUAUUGAUUGAUUAAGUGUCAACGCUUUGGUUGUGUAAACAUUUGGGCUUGCUUUUGUUUGGAAGGUUCAUGCUGUGAGAGAAUGACGUAGUGUAAAAAAAAGAAAAGAGAAAUGUUGAAUUUACAUUUAUUGUAUUUAAAACAAAAUCUGAUUAUUUGUCAAUUUGUUAAUUUAGUUUAUUAUGAAAUUGAAAAGCCGAAAAGCAAGGUUAUAUUAGUUUUAUCGUGGUCACGCACAUUAUGGUUUUAUGUUCAACAGGUUUGAACUAGUUUCAAUGUGUUUUAUGUUAAUGUUAUCUGUGCUUUCAUUGCACUUUUGAUCAAUGAUGUUCCUCAUGGUUGGGCGGCAGGUGACUUAGUGGUUAAGAGCGUUGUGCCAGUAACCGGAAGGUCGCUGGUUCUAAUCCCCGAGCCGACUAGGUGAAAAA